UCCGCCCGGGUUGAAACUGCCUUGCGCUCUGCAGGCGUAUUAUAUAGUCCGUUUCAAACUCGCCAUGAGAAUCUCGGGAGCUUCCCAUCUCUCUCCAGGUCUGUCUUGUCCCCGAUUGCAGCGUCUCUCGCAGCGAGCGGGGGCGAGGACGCGCUGUUUCGCAGCCUGAAAAGAGGGGACGGAAGAAAAAGCGGGGAAUUCCUUGCGAGGAGCCAGAAGAAAGCCGGCAGAGGGAGGAGAUGGAUGGUGGGGAGACUCGGGCGUUCCUAACUCCGCCAGCACAUUCCAGGAUGGUGCUCCAAAAGGAUUCGUUCCCCUACAUUUGAUUCUUCUCCUCUCCUGCUUCUUUGCCCAGGAGUUAGAGACCCUAAGAUGUCUUUGGCGUUGGGGCUCCUGGGCUUAGUUCUUCUGCAUACAGCCCUUUGCAAUUACUCAGAAGAUCAGUGUAGCUGGAGGGGGAGUGGUCUGUCGCAGGAAUCGGGCAGCGUGGAACAGAUCUCCUUGCACUGUGCUGAGGGAUCCCUGGAGUGGCUGUACCCGGCAGGAGCCUUGCGCCUGAGCCUUUUCCCCCGCCUUCCCACAGGCACCACCAGCAGAGAGACCCCCAGGCGGGUGACAGCCUGCAUUAAGUCCUCCAACAGCUUCCGAGGAGCUCAGAUUUACUUGGAGAGGGACGGCGUCUUGGAGCUCCUCCUCUCGGAAGCCGACGCUACCUUGCAGCCCAAGGUGCGCUGUUUUAGCUGGCUGCCCAAGGAGAAGGUAGCUCUGUUCCUCCAGUCCACCUUACACCAGGACAUCAGCCGCCGGAUCGCUGCCUUCCGCUACGAGCUGCGGGGUGACUGGAACUCCCGCUUCUCGUGGCCGUCCAGGAACCUUAGCAUGGAAGAUGCAGGGAGCUGCCGUCCGUGUAACAACACUGAGAUUCUGAUGGCCGUUUGCACUAGUGAUUUUGUCAUCCGUGGCAAUAUUCGGACAGUCUCCAAUGACAUGGAGUCGCAAGAAUCCAUCAUCGGUGUCACUGCCACCCGGAUCCACCGCCAGAAGUUUGCCUUGUUCCAACCGGUUGGCAAAUAUGGGAAAUCCACGGGCAGCAUCCGUACUCUGCUACGGUGUGGGGUGAAGCCAGGACCUGGCAGCUUCCUGUUCACUGGGUGGCUGCAUUUUGGGGAGGCUUGGCUCAGCUGCGCUCCUCGCUACAAAGACUUCCGCCACAUCUAUGAGGGCGCGCGCCAAGCUCACGAAAACCCCUGCGAAGUCUCCUUGGACUGAUUUGAGAUGGCAAGUGGGUGGCAGGAGUCCUGCCCCAGAUUUUGUCAAGAGGGCAAGAUCCACACACACACAAACAAACCACACCAUGACCAUGACCAUGCUGAAAAUGGCAUUUCCUGGCUUAACAGUGGUAGGCGAGACUUGUCUUUUGAACCCAGAGGGAACAAGCUCUUUUCUUUCCUGUAUGAGACUGAUGACCCUACCCGUAACUUUCUCAUUGGGUCUCUCCAGCAAAGGGAGGAAUUGUAGGCCAAGCAAAAGGGCAACUGAGCUGCUCUCUGCUUAGGUUGGAACAUGCCACAAAUUGCAUAAAGGGAAUUGAGAAUCUCCCAGUGUGGGGAAUGUUGUCUUGCUCAGGA